UUGUAAUGACAGUUCUUCUGACAAAUACAAAAUGGUUGAAAACUAAAGUUGGCAAACAAAGAAAGGCAGCGUAAAAGAGGAUUUUGUGUUGAAAAAACAAUUUUAUUGAGUGAAAGUUAGUUAGUUUAGUGUGUGAUAGGUGUUUUGUGCACAAUGCUGGAUUUAGAAAUCGUUCCUGAACGUUCCCUGGGCUGCGAGGCCUGGGAGUUCGUUCUAGGGAUGCAUUUCUCCCAGGCUGUGUCAAUAAUACAGAGUCAAGUGGGCACGAUACGGGGCGUGCAAGUCCUCUACAGCGAUCAGAACCCCCUGUCAGUUGACUUAGUAAUAAAUAUGCCGCAGGACGGCAUACGGUUAAUAUUCGACCCGGUCGCGCAGCGGCUCAAGAUCAUAGAGAUAUACAAUAUGAAAUUAGUUAAGCUUAGGUAUAGUGGCAUGUGCUUCAACUCCCCGGAGAUCACGCCGUCGAUCGAGCAGGUGGAGCACUGCUUCGGCGCGACGCACCCCGGCCUGUACGACAGCCAGCGGCAUCUGUUCGCGCUCAACUUCAGGGGGCUGUCCUUCUACUUUCCUGUUGAUAGUAAAUUUGAGCCCGGCUACGCGCACGGCCUGGGCUCGCUCCAGUUCCCGAACGGCGGCUCGCCCGUCGUCUCCCGAACGACGAUAUACUACGGCUCACAGCACCAACUGACAAGAUCAGCAAGCGGCGGCAGAUGCUCGGCGCCGCUGGCCGACCUGCCGCUGUCGUGCUACAAGCACCAGCUGCACCUGCGGCGCUGCGACGUGCUGCGCUCGCCCACUGCCACGCUCGGACUGCGGUUGCAUAUUUACACGGAAGGUGUCCGCUCGGGCGAGCCGGCGUCGUCGCGGCGGCGCGUGGUGCGCUUCGGCGACAGCUGCCAGGCGGUGUCGCGCGCGCUGGCGGCGCCCGCGCGCCUGUACUACAAGGCGGACGACAAGAUGCGCAUCCACCGGCCCACCGCGCGCCGCCGCCCGCCGCCCGCCUCCGACUACUUCUUCAACUACUUCACUCUCGGUCUGGACGUGCUAUUCGACGCGCGCACGCAUCAAGUGAAGAAGUUCGUGCUACACACCAACUACCCGGGACACUACAACUUCAACAUGUACCAUAGAUGUGAGUUCGAGCUCAACGUGCAACCAGACAAGUGUGAAUCAAACGCACUAGUGGAGUCCCGCGGCGCGGUGUGCAUCACCGCGUACAGCAAGUGGGAGAGCGUGUCACGUGCGCUGCGCGUGUGCGAGCGGCCUGUUGUACUCAACCGCGCCUCCUCCACCAACACCACCAACCCCUUCGGCUCCACCUUCUGCUACGGCUACCAGGACAUGAUCUUCGAGGUGAUGUCAAACAACUACAUAGCGUCGAUAACUCUGUACCAGCCGGAGGGCGCGCGACCGCACUACGCCGUCAACUCGAUCGCGUGACACACCAAGGUAUCCCCAAGCAAAGGUAAAAAGUUCACAUCCUGAAUGCAGUCAGUUUGUCAGUAAACGCAAAAACCACUUCACUAGUGUGGCAACACUGCACGGCCCGCACUAACCCUCUGGCAAAGUGUAACAUAUCCUGCAAACAAGCAACCUAAGAGGUAACAGUAUUUAAAAAAAAAUGUGAUAAAAACUGUGAAAAAAAAACUAUAAAAAAAAAAUAAAAGUGAGUGACCGAUCUCAAGGCGUGUUAAAUAAGUUUUAUUUAAUUCCUUAGCAGCAAUGGACAGUAAAAAAAUAAUAUUGUUUUUUAAACAUGUAUGUAUGUAAGUUAAUAGACAAGGUUUCCCUUAAUAAUGGUAAAUAAUAAAUAAAAUGAAUUAGUCGAAUGUGUUCUUAAGUUUUACAACUUGUAAAAAUCUGAAUUUUUCAUGGAAAAAAAAAUUAAACGUAGAUCUAAGGUGUUGUAAAUAUUUUUGGAUUGGAGAGUACGAUAUAAUGUCAUAAAUCGAAUGUAUUUUUUCUAAAUUGAGCGUUUGCUAGCGCGUGUGUUAUUGUGAUAAAAAUUACUAAAAAAAAAAUGUGCAAAAAAUAUUUUUUUCUCGAUAGCACCACAAUGUUGCCAUGGAUGGCUUUUUAUUAGUAUAUAGUUAUUUAAUUUAUCUAAAAAAAAUAAAUUAUACUUGACAAAGAUGUUUUCGCAAAUCAAUUAUUAUUAUUAUUCUAUAUAAAGGCUAAUAUUUUCAUAGUAGGAACUGUGCACCUUGUUCACAUUUCUUUAGAAGUAGGACAUACGAUUUUACUUAAAUUAUUGAUAAAAAUCAAUCUCAGUAGUAAUAAAAACUUCAUUUGACAGGUGUCAAUAAAUUUUACAAAAGCACAAUCCUUAAUAUGAAAUUAUUGUCUGUGUGUGUUUGAAUAUCACGUCGUUGUUGUAUUUUAUUCACGAAUACGUCGACAAAUUAGUUAUUUUUAGUUAAUUUUCGACUCCUUUACACAUUAUUAAUUAAAAGUGGUGGGGUUUUAACUGGUCUAUGUAUUCAUUUGUAUGCAUUAUAGUAAUUUGAAAUGUGUGUACUAGGACUGGCAAUACUACUACGAAUUGGCUUCUUUGACAUUUGAUAUCAUUCAUUUGUUACUUGAACUUUGCAAAUACUUUUUACUUUUUUAAUCAGCUUAUACAGAAAAAAAAAUCAAAAUCGGUAAUAGUUAUUUUCAAAACUUAGGGCUUGUAAUAAAACGAAAUAUGUGAUUCAUAAAAAUAUCUAUCUGCUAUAAAAUAAUGCUACAAAUGAAUAUAUGGGUGUGGAUUUACUUAUUAAUUAAUAAUAAUAAUUACUUUUAAUUAAAUAAAAUUAAACCCUUUUUAAUCAACUUAUUUGUCUUUGCUCACGACGUGCGCAAGUAGGUUAGGGUUAUAGGCUUCGAUGCUUGGAAUGUGUAGAAUGCGAUGUUUUGUGUGAAUGGAGUGUGUUAGAUUAAUGUCACAAUUACACUUCGAACAUUUGAGUGGGAUCUUAAGAUAGCAGCACACUGACACUUUAACUGACGAGCUUAUUGUUUUAUAGGUAUUUUUUAACAUUUUUUUUAACCGACUUCUAAAUAGAGAAGAGGAGGUUAUUUUCAAUUAAACCGUAUAUUUUUUAUAUGAAUACAAGGUUAAGUUAUCAUAAUAGCUAUACAAAUCAUGCCCAUCAGAAUGGUUUUUCACAGGAUUUCCGCGUAGGACAGUCAGGCUGAUCCUUUGCGCAAAAAAUAAGUCUUUGUCACUCGACUAGUGACAAAAAGUGCUGACUUAUUUUAUUACAAUAAAACUAAAUUAAAAAACCUAUUAAAACUAUUAUAAUAAAACUAAAUUUUCUUUGAGAAAAUUUUGACUACAUGAAAAUUUUAGUUUUUAAAUAUGUUUUUGACAAAACGGGCCUAAACGUCUGUCGGCCAUGAUGGUCUAAAUUUAACCGUUUCAUGACGUCACUAUAACAAAUCCCAACGGAGCGUUUGACAAAAAUAUUAGUUAACAAUUCGAUUGACGUUUAGUACAUCAAGUAACAUUGUGACGUCACAAAAUGGACGACAGCGUUUUUGACGUUUGAAAAAUAUAUGGUUUUAAAAUUAGUUUUAUAAGAAAUGAUUAACUUUUAUUAAUUAAUAUCGAUAUAUUUCGGACCCCUAUUCCAUGUACUAUGCGAAAUUAUUAUAUUAAAUUAAUGUAUAACAAGUUUAUGAGUCAACUACCCUAUUAGCCGCGGUGAAAUGUUUUACACAACUAUUGGGCCCUAUUGGUAUGCAAUGAAAGUUCUUAUAAGUAGUUAUAAUGGUGUAACUAACAAGACUUUGUUUAUGAAGUUAGUUAAUUAUAUAUAUUUUGUCACAUUAAGGGUACCUACACUCUACACUAAUGCACAUUGACCUAUGGAAUCAUGUUGUAAUUUUUUUUUUUUUUCAUUUUUUAUUUUUGCCUCUAUCUAUAGCAAUGUUUAACGUAUUUACUAAUAAAGUUUAGUAUGGUGAAAUAUUGUAUAAUUAAUCGGUCUAUGAAUUGGUUUAUUUUAGAAUUUAAAAUGCAUAAAUGAAGGAAAAAGUACUGUUUAUUGUGUACCAAAUUUUCACAAAUCAUUAUCUUAAGAUCCCGUUCAAGUGUGAGAGUUUUAUAGAAAACCACUAUCAGACCAAAAUAAAAUAUACGCGGUUAAUUUUUUUUAACUAAGAUUAUUUACUUACCUAGAAAAAUUGUAGUUCAAUUCUGACUUAACUCAUGAGUUAAGUUCAAUGCAAUAUUUUAAUUUCUUUUUAAUUUUUGUUUUCGUACUACGAGUAUGUCACGACUUACUAGAAAUGGGUACAUGACUAUGAUCUAUAUACACUGCGUAAAGGUAAUCAUAAGAAAUAACAAAGCAAAGGAGAUGUCUGAAAUAGGGCCCACGUUUCAGAAUGUUACAGAAAUUAAAAAUGUACUAAAAAUCUUGUAUAUUUUACUAGAUUAUUACAUUAGAAUAUUCGCCAAAAGGGAAAAUAAUCUGAUUUCAUUAUUUUCACACCAAUCGUAGUGAUUUACAUAUCUUCUUUGAUGCGUAUUUCACUGAUUGUCAGUUGUCUUUGCAAACGUGUGCUGUCAAUGUCAAAAUCAAUCAAUGAAUGAGAUGAUAAUGUCAAAUAUCUUAAUUUGAUUAAAUACAUAUGACAAGUUAGUGUCAAAUCUUUAUUAAAACUGUCGCCUGUCAGUUGACACAGAUAAUGCGAUGAAUUUUAUGUCAAAGGGAUACGAAUUAUCGCCCACCUGUAACAAGUAAUUUAACUGAUCAGACAAAUAUAGAUUUCUUUGAAACUUGGCCUCAUGAGUUCUCCUUAAUUGUCCUAAUUUAUUGGCAAUUUUCAGCUCUGUAUCAUUUGUAUAAUUUGGGCCCGAGAUUGUAUGGAGACUGGGUUUAUCCUUUAUAUUAACCUUAAUUCUACGCCUCAUAAAUAGAUACAUACCUACUAUAUUAUGUGCUGGGCGCAUAAAUGCAAAAGAUCAUACCUACUUUUUAUUUUUGCUCCUCCCUUAUUCAGACUCGGAUAAAAAUAACCUGAAAAUAUGAUAUUAUUUAUUUGCAUACUAAAUGAAAUAUAGAUACAUUAAGGGAGUCAUUUACCCAAUUACUAUACUCGUAUUUUACCUAUUAUUUUGGUUCCUUAAUCAAUAAUCGAAUCAAUGAAAUAGAUAUUUUAUAUUUUAUUUUUAUGGUUACAAUUUCGUAUUAAGUUUUUAUGUAUAUUUUACAAAAUCAUAGUCAAAUAUUAUACUAACAGAUAUAACUGUACCUCAUUUUUAUUCAGUCAAUUUUGUAUAUCGUGCCAGUGUGCGUGCAAAUUUUAAUCUCCAUUUUGUUUGGUUCUGCCGAGAUGUUGAGAUUGGUUUAUGAAGAAAGUUAAAGUCCAAAGACAAAGUCAGUUCUUUACUCAGUGAGAACUUAUGUUCAUUUUGAAAGUUAAACAAUUAAACUCUACUGAAUGUUUUAAUCGUUAAAUAAAAUGAAUAUGUAAUACAUUUAUUUAUAAGAAUGUGGUUAAUGCAUAUCUUAUAAUUAAGUUUCUUUUCAAUAGAAAAUUUGACGAGAAUCGAAAAUUACAAACACUUGAUGUAUAUAGAAGUUAUGACACCUUUAAAUAAAUUUUGACAUCCCAGCAGAACACAACUUCUAGCUAAGGUCCAUAAACCAUUUAGUAUUUAAAAGCUACUUUAAAAAUGAUGAUAUGCUUUUAAUUAUUAAGUGUUUUUUUUGGCUUUGAAGUCUAAAAUUCAAUGAAAUGAGCUUACAGCAUCGCUUGGUCUGGCGCUGGUUGUGAUGUUAUACAGUUUCGCUGUUAAGGCAAUACGAUAUGUGGGUUUGUUUAUGGUCAUAAGGUGUAAUGUUGCUUCAUUUUACCUAAUUUUGAAAUGCUUUUUGGACUGAGCCUUAUGUAAGACAUAUCUGCAUACAAAUAUAUGUAUCUUAUACUAGCUGACGCGCGGUUUCGACCAAGUGGUUCCCGUUCCUAUAGGAAUAUGGUGAUAAUAUCCUUCCUUGAUAAAUGGGCUAACACUGAAAUAAUUUUUCAAAUCGGAUCAUAGUUCCACCAAACAACCAAACAAACUCUUCAGCUUUAUAAUAUUAUAUUACACAUACAUAAGUAUUUGGUCUAUACAUAGAUUGCCAUUUACUUAUUAUAAAUGAUAAAAUACAUAAUUUAAUAGAUUUGUAUCCACUAUUUUGAUUAGAUGGACUGCCGAUUUUAUUGUUAUUUUUCCGUUUUUUUUUUCUAUAAUUUAAACGGUUUUUUUAAAAUAUAUUUAAUUUUUAUUAUGCAUGUAUUUUAUUAUUUUGUAUUCUUAGUUAUUAGCCAAACGUAAAUAUUUGUAAAAAUGGACAUACAUACAUACGCGCGAAAAACAUUACCCUCCUUCUGACGCAGUCGGGUAAAAAUACAAUAAAUUAAUCAUUUUUCACCUGUAAAAAAUGAGAUAAGUAGCAACAUUUGAAGUUUAUCAUCAGCUCUACGUGACUGGAGUGCAAAGUUCUAUUAUACUUGGAAAAGAUUAAAAUAUGGCGUGAUGGCGGACGUUUUAUCUAUAAUAGUAGAUAGGUAGACACUAUCAAGACAACAGUAGCUAAAUCAAUUUAAUGAUUUGCACUUUUUAAUUUUAUCUGAUACUCUAUAAGCCAGUGUAGUAAUUUGUACCUACUUCUAGCGCAACUUUCACGCUUUGUUAGAAUGUAAAGGGUUGAUUGAAAAAAAAUAAUCACACUAAUAUUUUAUAUUAUAAAUGCAAAAGUUGAUUUGUGUGUAUGUUUGUUCCUACUUUAUGCUGCGGCUACUGAAGCGAAAUAGAUUUCACUCUGGUUUAACACAUAGGCUACUUUUCAUCCCGGAAAAAUCCAUGGUUCCCGCGGGAUUUGUGAAAAACUGAAUUCUAUGCGGACGAAGUCGCGGGCGUCCGCUAGUCAUGAAUAAUCCAGACGCAAAAUCGUCUUAUGACAAAUUGUCGUUACAAUACGAGUAGGAACUAUACUAGAGAUAACAGUCGGUCGGCAGACGAUAAAUUAAUUUUCACGACAAAGUGGGAACGAGCCCUAAUAUUCUUUGUUUUAUUUUGAGGCAUAAUUUAGAGCUUCUUAUUUUGUACCUUCAUAUAAUAAAAUAUUAAUGGCUUUGAAUAACAAUUUACACUUAUUCUUAGGUUCAAUGUUUAUUUAUUAUUAAAAAAAGGAAACUAUAUGAACUACAAGAGAAAGGCGACCUUAUCACUAAUAGGGUACUCUUCCAGGGAGCAUCCAUGUAACUUUUAUGUAAUUACCGAAUCGAAAACAGCUUGAGAGACGGGAAGUUGCAAUAAAAUAAAAUACUUACACUACAAUUUAAAUACCCUAAUAAAUACAAUUAAUACUAUAAAGAUAUUUAAUAUUAUAUCUGUCUUAUCUUUAUAGCCGGCGAUGUUGUGACAAAAUGACUAAUGAUUAGAUAUUAUUUUCUGAUCAUCUGGAUUUCAAGUAAAUUCAAUCGCUUUAAAUGGGUUUUAGAUAAUUUACUACAUUCAAAAUUGCGGACGAUCAUAAAUAAGUCACUAAUUUUUGGAAUCCUAUUAUAGAUUUUUUUAAUGCUUUAUUUAUUGCUUUAUUUAUUUAUAUAAAUAUUUAUUUCAUGCAAUAGCCAAUAACUGUAGUAGUUGUCUCGUCAUUUGUGUCUUACAUAUUAUAGGCUCACGUACAAAAAGUAUUUCAUAGCACAUAAAUAAACAAUUAAUUUAAUUAAUGCACAAGUAAUGUGUGAUUGUGAAUACAUGUGGCUGUGGUGCCAUAAAAAAAAUGAAAAAAUUGACAAAUAAUACAUUAAAAAAAGUAUUAAUUAUAAGGUAGCGACAGCUGCGCCCUCUAUCUGCUGUUGUACGGAGGUUAUUAUAUUAAAAAAUACUCAUUUAUUAAUGUUAAAUUGUGCAGUGUAAAACUAAAAUGUAAAAUAGUUAUGCGGCUAAAAAUCAUGAGCUACUGAGGGGUAUGAGCCCUGGGGCAAGUUAUAAACUAUUGAGCUGUUAUUCCUGCUACAAUAUUUUCAAUAGCAGCCCGGAAUUGGAAAAUUGUUGGUUCCAUAUACUUCCACGUGCUUCGGAAAGCACGUAAAGCCGACAGUCUCGGUUUUUAUCUAAUAGUUAAUACUUAAUACUUUAAUAGUUAUUGUUACGAAGUCAAACAUUAUUUAUCAUUCCAUUGGAGUAGAGUUUACGCUGAAAAGCAAAAAAUAAAAAUAAUUUGCAAUUAUGUACAAAAACAUUAACAUUUCAUUAUAUUAAUUAAGUAAACAUGUCAAUUGUUAAUUUGAAUUAAUUAUUUUAAAAGUUUUUGUGUCAGAAAAUAAAAUUCUAUACUCAUUCAUGACCGCACUGCUCAAACCAUGUAACAGCCAUGAUGAGUCGGACAAAACUAUAAACGAUGCGAGUCAUGAUGGGUGCCCCCUCCAAGCUAUCCUAUAGACUUUGGUGCGCAAAUGUAUGUGUGACGGAGUGUAUAGGUGUUAAAUUGGUGUAGGUGACUCAUGAGUUCGAGGUAGUCUGUUACGGCAGCUGGCUUCUGAAGUCUAUCAGUGUGGCGGAGUCUGUGUUGAGCUUGUUGGUUCCGUAGACUCCAUCACAAGGCUGCCCACUUGAUUUCAAACGUUUUUCCUUAUCCAUUCCACAUAAUGCACAGUCGAAAAAUAAUAUGAUAAUUUCCGUAUAAACAUUAGAUGAGGAUAUUUUUAUAAUGAUAGUUAGCUUAUGUUCGUCUCUCUGUGGCUUGUACCGUCACAGGUUUAUCAUCUAAUUCAUAACGUUGUUUGUAUGUAUUCAUUAUGUCGGCCUACUAAAUUAAUAUAACAACUAAUGGGGUAAUGAGAACUAAAAAUAGUAAACAUAUCAGGGAAGCUUUAUAAAAAGUAAAUGGAAUGUUAUGAAACGUUAUAUAACACGUUACAAAUUAUUACUGUUAUAUAAAAUUAAAUACGAGUCAAACCAUGUUUGGAUUUUGAAUACAAAGUAACAUGAGUAAUUGGAAUGUUAUAGUGUUAUAUAACAUUUUGUAACUCGUAACGUUUAGCUUCCUAUCGGAUGUAAUAUACAACUAACACGGGUGUAACAAUAAAAGUAUGUAAUGAAAGUGGCACUCUUGUCCAGCUUGUCGUGUUGUAAUCAUUAUACAGCUGUUAAAUAGCGUAUCAACUUUUAUUGUUAACUUAUCGUGUUAGUUGUAUGAAACGGACGCCACACCGACGUCCAACUAUCUUGUCUAACGUAUUCGACCAAUCACAACACUCGUCAGUUUGAGAAAUUGUUUCCGAUUGGUGGAUUACAACAUUGACGUAAGUUUGUGUCGGUGUGGUCCUUGUUUAAGUUUUAUCCAAAAAUUAGGGUAACUACCCUCAAUUUUUUUGAAUAAAAAGCAACAUUUGACACAAAGGCUGGCAUAAAAAUCGUAUAAUAUAACUAAAGUAAGUAUAUUACAUGUAGCGGUGUUAUAUUAUGCAUUUAGUGAUACAAAAACAUUAUGAUUAGCGUGUAAAGAGACCCACUCAACAACGGUAUAUAUAUAACUAUUUUUUAGUUUAUUUUAAGUAAAUAAAAAAGUCAUGAAGCAUAAUGUAAUUAAAUAACUUUUUUAAGGCUGUAUAUAUUUCUCAUUUCAGAUAUUAAGUGUUGCCAGAUUGUACCACUAAAAAACAUUAUAAAUUAAGGGAUUGUUUAUACAAUACGAUUAGGCAUUAAAAUCUAUAGAAUUAUAAUAUUUUCGUUAGUCUAGUUUUAAAAUUAAAAAAAAACACCUAACGAAUCGAUUACUAAUCUUUCUAUUGUCUGGUAUAGCGGUAAUAUAAAGUGUAUAUUUGAUUAUUUUAAAGCCUCAACGUUCAAUGUUACGCCUGUUAAAAUAAAGUGAAAUUCGCUUUAUCGAAAGGUGAAAUUAAACGGCGUAUUAUAGUCGUUUUAAGAAAUAUGUGCGAUGAAAAGUUGCCAGCGUACCAGACAUAUUUUUAGGUUAUGGGCCCACGUUAGGUUCCCGCCACACAUAUUGUACGCACAACCCCUUAAGUAAAAUAGCCAAUAUUUAAUUUAUUGCUAGAUAUAUUGUUGUAAAAUUGUUGAAAAUCCAUUUGUUAUUAUUAUGUUUGAAUGCUAAUCAUUUUGCAUAAUCUAUAUUAUUUUAUGUGAUUUACACUUCCUUUUGCAUAAAUAACAUUGUUGUAAAUGCAUUUUUUUUUAAAUACUCGCACACUGAUAAGGAGAAUUCUUCAUUGAAUAGAUUAGAAAAUAUUUUAAUGUGUGACAUCAUCACGUGUUUCUAAUCCAUAUCUUUAAAGUGUUUUAUCAUGGGCGUUUUUUUUUGUUUUCGACAAUAUUUGGAAGUGCCAUACUGGCUAACUGAUAAACGAUCUGCAGUCAUAUUGCUUUCUCAAUGUAAUUCCAAGCAGUAGCGUGCACAAGGUCUUUAACUAGGGUACGCACUAUACGUACAAAUGGGGACGAUGACUAGGUUUGAAUUUAUUGAUUUUGAGACAUUCGAAUAAAUACAAAAACAAAGAUUGGAACGAAGAAGGAUAUUUGUAAAAUAAAAAAUAAGAUUAUAAAAUUUCAGAAUCACACAAUACAUUUUUAGCUUCCUUUACAUUCAUUGGCUCAUUAAAUCCCAGUAGCUCCGAAAGUAAUGAUCGCAGAUACCCUCUUACUUCUACAAAAUUACUUUACUAUUAUUAGCAUACUGUUAAUAUACAAAUAAUACAAUUCAUAAAAACUUUCAUCACUCCUAUUUUUCAAAAUAGAAAAUUCCUUUUUAAAAAAAAAAUAACUUGUAAUGAAUCCUCAGGUUAGGCGGUUCAUUUUUGCUUAUAUGAAGUGCAUACUGCCUACGAGUAUGUUCAGCACGAAACCGCUUUGAAUUUUUCUGUGCUUACUUCCUUCUUUUCUACCCGCUUUUCAAUGAACAUAACAUGAAAAAAUCAAGUGUAAAUCAAAUAAAGACGUUAUGGUAUAAAAAAAGGAAAUUCUAAAUUCAAAGUGUAAAUCACAUAAUUUAUGAAUAAACAAAUUAAUAGGAUGAGAGCCAGUCAUAGCUAGUAAUGCCUCAUUUUAUGAAGGCAGAAACGCUUUACGGUUAAGGGCCCAAGAGUCCAGACGACAUAAUAGGGUAGUUGACACUUUUUUUAAGGGUCUUAAAUUGUUCAAUAACGUUCUAAUAGAUUGAAAAAAAUUCAUCAUGUUGUUUGAAACAUGAAUUAUAAAAAAAAAAAAUUUUUUUUUUUGACAAUACGAGCCAAGAUAUGUGUAUGCAGGUCUAUAUUUUAUGUGUUUCAGGAAGACACGUAAAUAUUAAACCCUAAUCAAACGAUUUAGUGAUUGACAAAAUUAUUAGUCAAUAAUUAGUUUGACGUCUAAUAAUUGCUGUCAUCAAGUAAAAUCGUGACGUCACAAAAAGGAAGACAUGGUUAUAGGCGUUUUUGACGUUUGGAAAAAUUUUAAAGAAUCAUGAAUUUUCAAUUGAGUUUUCUAUGAAAUCCAUAACUUUCAUUAAUUAAUAUCGAUAUAUUUCUGAUCCUUAUUCCAUGUAUUAUACGAAAUUAAUAUUGUUUAUAUUCAAUUUCAUAUAAGUUAACUAAACUAUCAGUACCUACCAGUACCUACCGUACUUUCCUAUGGUAUGAACACAGGCUGACGAGGUUUUAGCGUUCUUAAAAUGUGGUAUUGUCUGGUUAGACUGACUCUUAGUCUAUAACCUUAAGUAAAGAAAUGAAAAUGAUCGUUGUGUGCAGUAGCAAUAAUUCUGUUUCGGAAUGUAUGAAAUGAUAUGAUUUAGGAUGCACUUAUAAUAAUUAUUAUUAUUUAGCCAAUUAUAACGAAAAACAAUAACAUAUUAUUUGAAAGCGCGAAAAAUGCAUUCAUAUGAAUGGCAAAUUCUUAGGAAAACUGUCUGACAAAGAUAAUGAUGGAUUUGCUGUCAAACGGAUAUGUACGAUCAAGUUACACGAUUGUCUACCAAAAGUGCAAUUGCGUAACUAGACUGCGUUGUCACAGUAAAGAUAUUACAAGCAGUAUAAUAACUCGGCCGUAUUUUUGAAAUAAAUACCUACAGCCGCGCGGUACGUAAACAUGUCAUAGGGCUGCCCGCCUCCAGCAAUUUAAUUACAUUUGCUAACUUUGUGUUUCCACUUAGUUUUGUGAUUGUAAAUAAACUUUUUUUAUAUAAACAAAUAAAAUACUUUGUAAAUUGUAGUAAAAUGGGAAGUGAUAAAUAAAAAUGCGUGUUUUUUGAUUGGUUGAUUUAAUUAAGGCUGAUACUACGUCAAUGAUCUUGAAGGAUUGGUCGUAUUCUUAAACAUAUUUAUUUCGGUGAUGCCAUCUAGGUAUUACCUCCACACUACGUGAACAAAUAAAAAAAAAAGAUAAAUACCUUCAUGAAAUUGUAGUGAUUUAAAAUAGAUAAUGAAACAAUGAACAAACGCACUAAUUGUCCCUACGAUACGAUAGUUCCCCUAGAUUUCUCUAGGAUGCCAUUAUCAGAUCCUGACAUGAAAAAAAUGGGACUAACCUGAAAGAAUAUUCAUCCAAACAAAAAAGAAACGGUUUACAAAUGACGGAAAUAUCGCUGUAAAUACGAUACGAUCCUUUUUGGAAGUCGGUUAAAAUUCUUGUCACCAAUGCCAAGCUGAGCAAAAGUUUUAUGAGCUUGCACAUUAAAGCGCAUAAAAUCCGCCAUUUUGAUUUUUUAAGAACUAAGUUACCCAGUGACACUCGGCCUAUCUAGGCGAGUCUAAUGACAUAUCAUUUAUCAGUAUGUGUGCUUGGCAAAUUUGUUCGUAACACUCCCGAAGGUCGGCGCGGUCCGGGAGGGGGGUAACGAUGCCCAGCGCGUACGACUUCACACCCGCGCAGUCCUUUCCUCCCGUCGCCCGCAUACAACAACAAGUCAUAACAUUCAAACACAUACUCCUCCAUUGGGCUUCGCCGCAGUCGGGUAACAAAACACAAAUGAUCCGAGCACAGUCACACAAAACAUUGUACAAGCAGUCGAGGUUUUAACACAAGCUUAUCGUACCUACUGUAUCGUGAUUCAUGAACCGCGUAUAACUACCUAUUUCAAUCGUGUCAAUCACUUUCCUUUACUCUAUUCAUUUUAUUUACUAAUCCAGAUACCUACCUUUAUUCUGGAGAUAAAAGGAAAUAUUAAAAAAUACAAGAUUAUGUACCUACCUACUAAUAAGUAAAUUUAUUUUAGUCUUACCUUUCAGAGUUUCCAGGUAACUUAAAAAAAGUUAUCUCUGGAUGGGAUAAUUUUGAAUUCAUGCAUCCAAUAACGGCACAGUAUUUCCUACUGGUCAUAAUUAAAAAAAUCAAAUACUAUUAAUACACUUUACUCUGUUAAUACACCGUGCGUUCGUUCGUCACCGCGGCACAUUCGCGACUGUCUUCACCCUACGAUCACCCCAUGUUCAAGGUGCGUAUAGCUCGCGUUUCGACCUCUAGUAUGAAGUCCAACUACUGGUUGUAAUAUCUUUACUGUGGCGUUGUCAAUGCUAUUGUUUUUCGAUAGACAUUUGUAAUAUUCGAUUCUUAUCUCAAUUAUUUUACUUUUCAGCUAAUACUGAAUAAUUAGAAUUCCACAUGACAGUUUAUGUAUCUUACAGUUCGGAAGUGACCACUCAGUUUUUUUUUAUAACUUAACAACAAUUUGCAUCUUGACUGCGAUCUCAGUUAUCUUAUUAUCUGUUCCCUGUUUAAUUUAACUCAUACCUCUGACUGGGUUCCAUUCCGAUUCGAAUUCCAUUCGAUUCGAUUCGAUUACAUUCGAUUAUACAGAAAGAAAUUUUUUUUAGUACGGAUAUUUUUAUAUUUUGUACAUAAACAAAAUUUAAUGAACACGUAUUUUUUCUUUUUUUUUUAACUCAAAAAUAACAAAGUUAUCGUUAGCUAAAGUUAUUUACGUUUAAACAGAAUUUGAGGGUCACCCUAUCGCUGUACUAGGUAAUAGGCAACUACAAAAUCAGCUGGUAGGUAGGUUAGCGAGCGCCAGCGCCGAGAGCCGUUGACCUUUGUGCGUUUAUUUUAUUUUUGUUUGAUACCUAUUAUUUUUAUAAUAAUUAAAGAUCGUCACUUUUGAGCUGAGUACCGAUAUUCCUUUCAUACUUUAUUGAGCUUAGGACCAUCAAUAAUGCCUGAAGUGCAUGCGUAAUAAUAAUAAUAAAAACUAUGAACUUUCGAUUGAAAUAAUGAAAUACAAAUGAUGAUUAUUAUUACGCAAACUUUUGCAUUAAAGGCGUAUUUAAAAAAUUGUAAUCAGCAUAUUUACAUUAAUCAAUGAUAUCUACUUACUAAGUUUGUUUUUGUUAAUUUGAAAAUUUUAAUCACUGUAUUUUAACAAUUGUUCGAAAUGAAGUCCAUUCCUUUCAAGGCACAACCGAGCACGUUUUAAUAAAAUUUUCAUUUAGUUUAUUUAAAACACUUGUUCCUCACAUUAGGCACUGCGGGGUUCAGGAUUCCUUGGGCUCGUGGCCUAGGAACACUCACUCGUACAUUGUGCAAGCUGCACGAAGGCGUUCAUUGCUGAGCAACUACACUCGCCCCAUUUCGUAAUAGUCGCGAUUUGAAAAUCCCGACAUAGUAAAUGCGCAAGCGACGGCAGAUUGUCUGUCACUGGUCGCCCAUCGGCAAUUCGGUAGGCGUCCUCGGGGUUUUUUCGAUCCCCUCACCUCUGCCACCCCCGUCAGUCGAAGCCGAAGCGAUAUGCCUACGGCCGGUAUUUCUUUGUCGGCGUCUUACAAAGUGCCGCCAGCAUUUGCGCAGUUUGUUUGGUAAUGUGUCCAUUAUUUUGUUAUUUCUGAGACAUAAAUUGAUAAAAAAAAAUUACAUAAAAUGUAUCGAACUGUUUGUAGAUUUAUGUUCUAUUAAUGAUACUGAACCACGAAAAAAAAUAUCGGUACUAAAGUCCGAAUCACCCUGUAUGUAAGUAUUAUAUAUUAUCACAAAGUAUUUUAAAUUGUUUUUAUUUAAUUAUAAAAAGGUUCUAGUAAAAUUCGUUUAUUCAUUAUUUUUAUCAACAUCAGUCUUUUAGUUAUCGACGAUCAUCUUCAAAUGAACUGGUAGUAAACGAUCUGUAUGAUUUGUAAACUGUUGUAAUGGGAUUCGAGUUAUCAGAGAUAAUCAUGUCACUGUGUUUUGAGAAGCGAUACACAGCUGUUUCAAAUUAAAGGACUAUAUCGAUAAGUUAUCGGUAAUAUGUUUAAAAUACUAUACGCAGAGUGAUAACACUUCAAUUGUUUCUAUUUAAGUCUUUUUGAAAUUCUUUUAUCCACAAUAUGAUGUAAUCAAUAAAAUAAGGAUAUUGAAUAUUGAUGCGUCUCGCAGUACUGGCUUUAUAUCACUUAUUAUUUAUAUAUCAUUUUCAUAGAAUGAUGCGAAUUUUAUUUUUUAAGAUGCAUCACGGUUUUAGCAAUAUUAUUUUGUACUGAAUUAUAUCUGUUAUACGUGUAUAUACAUAUAAAAAACAAUGUAUUUAAUUUAUUUUGGUGAAAUAAAUGUUAUAAAUUUUGAGAAUAUGACAAUAGUUCUUACAAAAUUCAUAAAAUAGUAUAAUUAUAAAUUCAAUGGAGAAAUAAUGCUUUUUAAUUCAGUGACUUUGAGAGACAACAGAAUUCGGAUUAUUGUUUUUUUUUAUAAUGAAAACUGUUCAGAAAACUGUUCAGGUUUACCCAAUUAACUUAAAUACUAGGAAAACUAAAAAAGAAUUAUAUUGAUUGUCAAAGUUACAAGUAGGUUAAAAAGCAAAAUUUUAAGUGACCAAUACAAUAUAAUUCGUUUUACAAUAUCUUAAUAUGAUUUGUGAUAUCAUCAAUAUUUUGCAAUUAUAUUGUAUAAUUUGAUAGUAGUUACAUUGAGUACGUUAAUUUUAAUUAUUUAUGUAACACUAAAGAGUUAUAUUUAUUUAGUUUAUUAGUGUUGCACCAUAAUUAAAAAUUAACGUUUAAAAAUAAUCGUUUUGGCUAUGAAAUAAAUCAUUUAAGAUGCUUAAAAAAUGACAUUAUAAUUAUAAAUUGUAUCCUUUUUGUAAAAAAAAAUCUGUCGACAAUCGUUAUUUAAUUUCUGACUUACGUAUUCUAUACUACAGUUAAUUAUACCGUAACCUUUGUGAUCACUAAGAAAUUCUCGUUUUAUAUACAUUCAAGUGGGUAUAUUUAAAAAAAAAUGAAAAGUGUCUCAAAAAAUACCAAAAAAUCAAUAAAGGAUUUCAUACCGAA